AAAUGAAGAGUUUAUGUAUUUUCCUUGCUGUCCUGUUCGUCCCAUGGAGUUUUGUGUUGGCAAAGUACGAUGAAUUUGAGGAUGGAGAUGACAUCAUGGAGUACGACGAUAAUGACUUUGCUGAAUUUGAAGAUGUUGCUGAAGAUGCAAUCACGGAGUCUCCUCAGAGGAUCAUCACUACAGAAGACGAUGAAGAAGAAGCCACUGUAGAACUUGAAGGCCAGGAUGAGAAUCAGGAAGACUUUGAUGAUGCAGAUGCACAGGAAGGAGAUGCGGAGAGUGAACCAUAUGAUGAUGAGGAAUUUGAAGGUUAUGAAGAGAAACCAGACUCAUCUCCUAGCAAGAGUAAAGACCCCAUAACUAUAGUUAAUGUCCCUGCUCACCUUCAAAACAGCUGGGAGAGUUAUUACAUGGAGAUCCUGAUGGUAACAGGUCUUCUUGCUUACAUCAUGAAUUACAUCAUUGGGAAGAACAAGAACAACCGUCUGGCUCAGGCAUGGUUCAAUACUCACAGGGAGCUGCUAGAAAGCAACUUCGCUCUUGUUGGGGAUGAUGGCACUAAUAAAGAAGCAACAAGCACUGGGAAACUAAAUCAAGAAAAUGAGCACAUAUAUAACUUAUGGUGCUCUGGCAGGGUGUGCUGUGAAGGAAUGCUUAUCCAGCUAAAGUUUCUCAAGAGACAAGACCUACUGAAUGUUCUUGCUCGCAUGAUGAGGCCAGCUUGUGACCAAGUGCAAAUAAAAGUAACAAUGAAUGAUGAGGAUAUGGACACCUACGUGUUUGCUGUUGGAACAAGAAAAGCACUGGUGCGACUUCAGAAAGAGAUGCAGGACCUGGUACGUGUGUUCAAAUUGGAAUAA